UGAUUGUUUACUAAUAUACAUAAUCUCAUCCAUGUUAUUUCCACAGAUUUCAAGCAUAUUGGUUUACUUUAGACUGUAUGCAUAAAAUGACAAAUUUUCAAUGCCUUAUUGUUGGAAUAUUUUUAUCUAAUUUAAUUUUAUUCACCAUUGCACAAGAGUACAGUACAGUUCACAUAACCAAAGCUACAGAGGAAACUCCUGUAAAACUGAAUUGCACGAACAAUGGGAGUACUUCGUACACAUGGUUGUACAACGGUACUGAACAAAAAACAGAUAGCAGCAUUUUUCAAAUAACUAACAGCAAACAUGUAGGCAGAUACAUUUGUAUCAGUCUUACUAAUAUUACAUUUGAAGCCUACAACCUCAGUGCACCUGUUAUUGGACACGGAGAACAAUCCCACACAGUCAUUGAGGGAGCUGAAAAUGUUACUCUUACUUGCACAUCGUAUAGCUCACCAACACCAAAUUUUUAUUGGGCGCUGUAUAAAGAAAAGAAGGUCAAUAUAUCUGGAGGUAGAUUAGCAAACCACAAGAUAAAAACUGAAGGUUUCAAAUCUGAAUUGACUAUUGCUUCUGUGGACAUGGAAGGCAGAGCGGAUUAUGAAUGCUUAGUUGAAAAUACUGCAGGAAAGAAAAAUACGACAACACUUCUUCGGGUUCGCAGCAGACUCGCUCCACUUUGGCCCUUCUUGGCUAUCGUAGCAGAAGUGGCUCUUAUGGCUAUAAUUACGCUAAUAUUUGCAAGAAGAGCAAAAGCCAAAUCCAAGAAAGCCAACCCUGCACCAACAGAGUCUGUAAAUAGCAACAAUGAAGCACAAGGCAGUGGAGCACAACAUAAUGCCAAGGAAGAUUGAUUGAAAGUUAAACCUAUUUUUUUAGUAGUUUUUUAAAUGUUUUCAGAUUAAAAUCAUGUUUCAGAUACUAAAUUCCCCAAUGAGAUUUUAUGUGUGAGAUCAUAUUAAACCAGUCAUAAUUUUUUUAAUUAUUUCCUCCAUGACAUCAUUAUGUGGUUUUGCUGAGUAUGCAUGCAGUGGCUGAUGAUGUUUGGUAUCAAUUGUUUUUAUUUUAUACUCAUUAUUACUUUCUUCAAUAUAAGUAAAAUUGCGCUUUUUUAAACUUUCUGCUUGUGUCGGACCACAGGUAUGGAACUACCAUCGUUUUUAUUGCGUGUGGCAAAAAUUGGUGAUUAUUUAUUACAAUUACAAAUAAUUGGAAAGGCAUGUUAACACCACUAGCAGUUAACUUUAGUUACUGAGCAAGGAACAAUCAAUAUGAAACAAAGCUAAUUUAUUCCAAAGAUUUAUUGCAACUGGCUUAUCUUUUAUAGAAAAUCAAGUCUAAUAUCUAUGUCAACAAAGUCUUAAUUCAUUGCAUACAAAGCAUAUUGAAAAUGGCUAUACUUCUGGGUGGAAUUUGUGGGUAAAAUAAAAGGUUGUCCAUGAUUUA